AUUUCAAUCUGUUAUACGUCCAAAUGGCACGCGAACGGCACUGAAGAAGAUCAAAUAAUCUCGAUCUGCAACACCUUUUUCGUAUUCCCACAGUCAUCCCGAUGGAUAUGAGAAUUCAUUAGAACAUCUUCGCGUACUCACAUUUCCUUGCUAAAACGUUUUUUUUUUCUUCUGUUCUUUGUUUGUACUCCAAGUGGUUACGCUUUCCUCCGUUUCCAGUUUUCCGGACGAUCGAUCACUCGUCAGGCCCAUCCAUCAUCCAAACGAGGCGUAGCGUUACGGCUUGUGUGAUCUUGUCGAAACUAAAGACGCGCCACCAUACAAAGCACACUGUACAUGGUAGUACCAGGGGAGGAUCAACACGCGACCGAGCCCCGCACUCGGUGGCCAACGAUGCUAAUUUUCAAGUUCAUGGGUAUGUGACGGCUAGCGACCACUGUUGGUUUGGACCUCGGCCUCGUCCGCACAGUUUAGUCUUAAUCGAGACAUCAGGUGGAACGGCAGAGAUUUGUGAUCGGCCGAAGACCUUUGGAGACGCUGGCGUGCGCGCGUGAAUAGAAUGCUGCCUAUCUCAAAAGUGUCGGUAACGAGCGAAAAAGAUUAAUCACAACAAUCGAUAUUCCAAUUCUGUCCCAGCGGAAACGGUGAUUCAUCGGACGGAGCGUGCACGCGAUGACGAUUUCGGUGAAAUUUUGGGCAUUGACUUUAGUGUUCGCAACCGUUCACAUUGGCACAGGAGAUGCAUUUUUCUUCUUUCUCAAACCGUUAGCCGACUUGGGCCGAUACUACGACGAGAAAUACAACUUUGUGCAACCUACUUAUAGCAAUCCACCAGCUAGAGAGAUUCCAGAGUAUGACUUUAUUAUUGUUGGCGCUGGUCCCGCUGGAUGUGUUCUGGCAAAUCGGUUGUCCGAGAACGCGAGGUGGAAGGUGCUACUGCUCGAAGCCGGACCGGCCGAGAACGAUCUGAACAAUAUUCCUGUGCUGACUACUUUCGUGCAAAAUUCUCACUACAACUGGGCCGAUGUUGCCGAAGCUCAGAAUGGUUCAUGCUGGGGCAUGAUCGAUCAACGAUGCAGUAUCCCACACGGGAAAGGCCUCGGCGGGUCCACGCUUAUAAACUACAUGAUGUAUACCAGAGGAAACCCGGCAGACUUCGACCGUUGGGCUGCGAUGGGUAAUCCAGGUUGGUCGUACGAUGAGGUGUUUCCAUAUUUUCUUAAAACCGAACGAGCUACUUUGCGGGGACUGGAAAACUCUAAAUAUCACAAUUACGACGGUAUGAUCAGCGUGGAGUUUCCUCCGUUCCGGACGAAUCUGGCGCAAACGUUCGUCAAAGGUGCCCGAGAAGUCGGCCACAAAAAGAUCGAUUACAAUGGAAAAUCUCAGCUGGGUGUGUCGUAUGUGCAGACAAACACCAUCAACGGCAUGAGACAAUCGGCGUACCGAGCCUUGAUCGAGCCUAUUCUGGCGACCAGACCGAAUCUGCAUGUGAAAGCAAACAGCAGGGUGACAAAGAUUCUUAUAGAUCCCAACAGUAAAAUGGCCUACGGUGUGACGUAUUCGAAAAAUUUUCGAAACUACGACGUACAUGUCACGAAAGAGGUUAUCGUUGCGGCCGGAAGUAUCAACACACCACAGCUAUUGAUGUUAUCGGGAGUGGGGCCUGCAGAACACCUGAAAAAUAUUAAAGUUCCAGUGGUUCAAGAUCUUCCGGUUGGACAGAAUCUAAUUGAUUCUGUAGUAUUUAACGGAUUAACAUUCGUAUUGAAUGAAACGGGACAUUCCCUAUUAUUUGACAGCCGGUUUCAACUUCACUCGAUAGCUGAUUAUUUCCACGGACAAGGACCACUAACGGUUCCGGGAGGAGUGGAAGCAAUUGAUUUCCUGCAGACCAGUCGGGCGCAGCAACCGGGAGUACCCGAUAUAGCCAUAGUGUUUUCAACCGGAUCCUUGGUUACUGAUGGUGGACUCGGCCUGCGAAAUGGAAAACGGAUAAAGCAAAGCCUGUACAAUAAAGUGUAUGCCCCGUUGGAAACACUGAAAAACGACCAGUGGACUGCGAGUGUUGUGUUGCUACAUCCAAAGUCUAGGGGAUUCAUCAAUUUGCGUAAUGCGAAUCCUUACAACAGCCCGAAAAUUUACACUAAUUAUCUAUCCGAAGAAGAUGACGUCGAAACUUUACUGGAAGGGAUCAAAGAAGCUGUUCGCAUCUCGAAAACGCCAGCAAUGAAACGUUAUGACGCAAGAGUUCUCGGGAUUCCUGUGCCCAAUUGUGCACAGUUCGAGCUCACCGACGACUCCUACUGGCGUUGUGCCAUCAGAACGUUGUCUAGUACCGCAUAUCAGCAGCUGGGAACAAGUAAAAUGGGACCACCGGGGGAUCCGAGUGCUGUGGUGUCGCCGGAGCUGCAAGUGCAUGGCAUUUCGAAUCUCCGGGUAGCUGACGUUGGAGUGGUUCCGACAACAAUUUCCGGUCAGUCGGCCGCACUCGGAUACAUGAUUGGUGAGAAAGCAGCCGACUUGAUCAAGCAAACCUGGACACGAUAAGGCACCAAUGGUACUUCAUCGGUUAUCAGUGUUCGGUUAGACUGAAAUGAACAAUUGUGUAGUUUAAGUAAAUAUUAAAUAUCCUAGCUUUUUACGCUAGUAUACCUUGCAUGUUCUACGUGACAAAUUCUACAAAUAAGUGAUUUACAUCUAUAAUAAUGCUCUAUUUGAACUGCAGCAUAUUUAUCAUCUGAAUAAAAAACUGGUAAGAAGCAGUUAUAAUUUAUUCAAAUCUAGAAGGGUUUUCAUCCGUAUAAACCGAAAUCCUACUUCAUCCUGUGGUGUGAUUGCAAGUAGGAGUCUCUGUCGGACAGACACGCUGACGCACACCACUCUAAUGUUGCAGUAUUUUCCUUCGCUUCGUGUCUCUACGAAAGCAAAACGCUUUCAAUGUUUUUCUUCCCUGCAGGCUGAAUUAAUUUAGUCUAGAUUACUCCCUCCUGCUGAACCCGUUUUUUGAUGAUUUCCUUCAGUUUUCAGCACCACGUAUCAUAUGGUCCAGUCCAGUACCGCAGUUUAAAGGGCUGUUUAACCACUCGAGUACAACAGUGAUUUGUGUACCGUCGGGCGAAGUUCAUUAAACUGAUGCGGGGUUCUUCUUUCGAGGGUCGCCCUUUGACGGUGCUUCAAGCAUCAAACGAGACACAAGUGAAUGUGUCCAGUCUAAUAACUGGAUCGAAAUCGAAUACCUCGAAUACU